AUGGCUCAUUCAGACUCAUGCGCUGUCAAUGCUGACGGUUCUCUCAAGGAUGCCAAGGACAUUGUCUUCUACCACGAUCCCGAUGAUUCUGUCCCCCUUGACACCACAUUGUCUGCCCCCCAGCCAUCAUCAUCUACUAAUCCUCCUCAAGAUGCCUUCUCUAUGCUACUGAAUACUGGGUGCAAACCAACACCAGUUACAGCUGGUGCUCAACGAUCCAUUCGCACCUCUAAGCCAUCUGCUCGCCUCUGGGAUGCUGAGAACAUUUAUUCAACCUCAACCUCCACCAGCUCAACAAACCGCAAACGUGCAUUGUCUAGCACUACUGAACUUCAACUUCAACUGGCUCACAAAAAAGUUUUCUCGUGUCUAUUGUCAGAUGAGGAUAGCCUUGAUGAUGACGACGCUGGUCAUGACACUGAUCCUUUGAAGGACUAG